CUUCCUCAACGUGCUUUCUGCUCGGAACAAAGUGAUGACGUCACACCACGUGUCUUCAUCGACGAAUGCUUCAGACCACACGCGAUGAGAGUUUCUCGAUUAGUAUAUAUAGAAUGUUACCAUGGGUGUGUAGUUAUGUUGUCCCUUAUCCCGAACAGUAUACAUCGAGAAAAUGAGCGCUUUGAGACAAGACAAGUCGACAUGCUUCGAGUCGAUCCUUGAAAAGAAUCUGCGGUCUUGGCGAUAAUAUUAGAUUCAAAAUUGUAAACAUGCAGCAGCACGUUCUUUUGUUAAUGUUGGUGCAAUAUAUUAUUGCUGUUCCGUUCGACAAACAUCAGUCGGGUCAAGUAGCGAGCAGCUCCGCCAUUGGAUGUUGUUCUUGUCAGUUUGCUGACACACAAUAUAUGCACGGUGUCUGUGGAGAGACAAAUGCCUUUAUGACCCUGAUGCAAACUGUGAUGUCUUCCAGAUGCGACAUUGCUGACCCUUGCCGACGAAUAGGCAGCGACCAAGUCCCAAACGUAAACGAAUGGUUCGACUUUGUAAUCGUCGGCGCAGGUGUGGCAGGACCAAUACUCGCGAGAAGAUUGAGCGAUAACCCAUGGUGGAAGGUUUUACUUAUCGAAGCCGGUCCAGAAGAACCUACUAUGACAGCUAUACCAGGGCUGGCAUUUCACGCCGUCAAUACGUCGCUUGACUGGAACUUUAAGACAGAACCAACAUCGCCACAUCCUACCGCUUGUUUAGAAACAAACGGCGUUUGCACUUGGCCAAGAGGCAAGAUGGUCUCCGGGACCGGCGGUUUGCACGGCAUGAUGUAUGCCCGAGGUCAUCCCGAAAUUUACAAUCGCUGGGCUCGAGCUGGAAAUCCUGGCUGGUCUUAUAACGAAAUUAGUCAUUAUUUCGAACGGGCAGAAAAUCCGGUCGAUCCGAUGAUUUUAUCGAAUAUGCAAAGAACUUUGAAGAAAGGUGGUCCAAUAAAUAUUCAGUAUUACCCGCACAAGCCGGAGUUUGCAGACGUUCUGUUGAAAGCCGCUGACGAACUAGGUUACAGAACCUCCCGGCUGAAGGAGUAUCAACAAACUGGAUUUAUGAUCGCGCCAAUGACAAUCGAGAACGGAAUGCGUCUCACAACUUCGAAAGCAUACUUAAGGCCUGUUUACGACCGCCAAAACCUACGAGUGCUAACGAACGCGCAAGUCACCAAGAUCCUGAUCAGUCCGUGGGAAAAGAAGGCGUAUGGAGUUGAGCUUGUGGAUAAGAACGGUCACAAGAGAAUAGUGAAAUGCGGCAAGGAAGUAAUUCUGACGGCUGGCGCUAUCGGCUCGCCACACAUUCUCAUGAAUUCCGGCAUAGGACCCGAAAAAGAUCUCACCAAAUUAAACAUUAAAGUACACAAGAAUCUGCCUGUUGGCAAAAAUUUGCACAAUCAUGUAUCUGUGGCCGUUCCCAUGAGUAUCAAGGAUGUUCCGCAUGAGACUAUUACCAUGGAGGCGUUGAAUGAAUAUUUAGAAAAUAAGACCGGCUCGUUGGCUAGCACCGGAAUCACGCAAGUCACUGCAUUUCUCGAAAGUAGCUACUCAAUCAACGGCGUGCCGGAUAUUCAGGUCUUCUUCGACGGUUUCAGUUCCACAUGUCCGAGGACUGGCCUACCGAAUGAGUGUCACAAAGGUGGAAUUACCGACUGUCCAGACAGGAGGGAAAUUGUAGCGAGACCUACAGUGGUUUAUGUAGAGAGUCGAGGCAAUAUGAAACUUCGCUCAAACAAUCCUUUAGAUUCGCCGCUCAUUUAUCCGGAUUACUUUACAAAAGAAAAAGAUCUAUUCGUUUUGCUCGAAGCUAUCAAAAAGAUCAAUAAACUCGUUGAUACGGCUGUCAUGAAAAAAUGGGACCUUCGCUUGGAACAAACAAGAAGUCCAUUGUGCAGCGACUAUCACUUCGGCACGGAUGCUUUUUGGAUGUGCCAAAUACGAGCACAGACUGGACCGGAAAAUCAUCAAUCGGGAACAUGUAAGAUGGGACCAAAUUCCGAUUCAAGCGCGGUAGUGGAUAAUGAACUUCGAAUACAUGAUAUACCAAACAUUCGCGUUGUUGACGCUUCUGUCUUUCCCAUCGUGCCAAACGCAAAUCCUAUCGCUGCUAUCAUGAUGAUGGCUGAAAAGGCAGCCGACAUGAUUAACAACGCCUGGCCGAGGAAAUUCUGAACGUACAAAUUUUGCUAUAUCGACUUAAUUGUAAUGUAUAUUUCUUCAAUUUAAAUAUAUAAAUCUUUUAAAGUAAUUAACAGAAUAUAUAUAUUCUCGAUAAAUUCGUUUGAUGCAAAUUAUUCAAAAUUCCAUUUAUACAAUCCAUGUGAAAGCUUUGGUUUUAGCUGUCGCUUGUUGCAAUAAAAUUCUUUCUGAGUUUACUUUCCACGCAAAACGAAGUUCAACCUAAACUUACGUAUCUAGUUUUUUGACAAUGAAGAAAUAACUUUUUAAUCAACAAUGAGCAAUGACUAAAAUCUCUUGGAACUUACUCAGAAAAGUGUUUUUGACAACAUAUGUCAAGGUCAAGAUCAUCAGAAAAUUGCCUCCUCAUAUCUUAAUAGUUGUCAAGAGCUUUCUAAAAACAUGGUACAAUGUUUAUAUUUUUAUUUCCAUUUAAAAGUUAUAGAAUUUCGAAGAUGAUUUACUACCAGUAUUAGUUUUAUCCACUACAUGAAGAUUAUGCGGUUUUACCUCUUUGUGUGUAUGUGUAUGUGUGUGCGCGCGCGCGCGUAAUCUUAUAUACACACCAUUGUGUAUAUAAGAACUGACAAUGAUAGCUUGCAGUCGCUUCUCUUAUUUUUAUUAUUAUAGUUUCUCGCAGCAAGUGAAAAUGCUUGAAAAUAUGCGUGGCAAAACAAAAGUCGCAAGUUUUUAUAUGAAGUAAGAAAUCGCAUAUAUUAAACAUUGCGGCAUCAAUAAUAUUGAAAAAUUUGCAAAUUAUAUUGGACAAUUUUUAUGAAUGAGUUCAUCAGUUUGAACAUAAGUUAAAUAAAUGUUAAUUAUGACAAAUGUAAAAUUACGAAAAACGAUUUAAAGUAGAAAAAUAUCGCGGAAAUGAACUGCAGGCUUUUCAUCUUAGUUCUUACACACACACACACACGCGCGCGCGCAUGUAUCCACGUAUGCACACGCGCACGCACAUGAAAAGAUGCAAAACCUAUCGCGUGAUUUCUACAUGAUGUCUUACAAGAGACUCAGACGUUCACUAAUUGCUUCAAAGUUUGCACGUUGAUAAGAAACCACAAACACAAUUUCGUGCUCAAGUAGCAAAUUGCAUUUCUCAAGCAUUCAUAAGAAAAUCCAUUUCAGACUUUAUAGAGUAUCUUAAUAUACAAGAUGCAUACUUGAUAUAUAAAUUAACCAUUAAUAACCAUUUCUACAGACUUAUGUAUAGUUUUUCUACCGAGUUGUUUACUAAAGUCAAUGUAUUUCUUUUGAAUAUAAUCUUUUCGUUUAAAAU